GCUGAUCCGCCUUCUCCGCCUUCUCUUUUGGGUGUUCGUUCGCUCCAUGAUGGACUGAACCUCUCUGUCUCACAUGAUAUUGUGUCACAAUGGCCACCCCCUUGAGGAGAAGAUUGUUUCUGGGAGUUUGUUCGAGUUUCUGGACAAGAAGUGCCGCAGGUGCGGGCGAGGUUUACACACCCACGCAAAGAGGUACAGUUGCAAAAGCUGCAACUACCACCUCUGUGAGAUCUGCGUGAGGCAUCUCACAGUGGCCGCCACGCCUGCGAGCCCCACGGGGGGAGGAGGAUAUACAGCUCCUUCAGCUCCGGAUCCGGGCUCUCAUACGAUUUGCAAAUGGGGUGCCGCUUGCUACAACCAUGAUCCCGAGCACCGGCGGAAGUUCGCCCACCCGUCAGCAGAUGAGGUGGAGUCUUGCAAAAGGACCGCGUGCAAAUACGGCUCCAAGUGCUACCAGAGGGACCCCAGCCACCUAGCCAGGUUCGCCCACCCGGGCGACCGGAACUAUCGCACCGGACUGGUGCUGUUCCCUGAGGGUCAGAAGCCAGAAUUCGAGUCCUUGUGGCAACUCUUUCGCUUCCACGACCCAGACGAGUCGGGGCACCUGUCCAAAGAGGAGUUCUUGAUGCUCCUCACCCAGUGUGGCCAUUUGGUCUCCGGCGUGGGCGACAUCCCCCAGGUCUGGCGAGACGUCAGCGGCGAUCAUGGCUAUGUGAGCUUCAGGAUGUUCAGUGCCUGGGCGCAAGAUCACUUAGAGCUGGAUUUGCCCCUGGGAUUGGAGUCGAGCGAUGCGAGUAGUCGACCCUGCCGCUUCCGCGUAGGUGGCGAGGGCGCUCGUUGCGGAUGUCAAGAGUUCCAGCCUUCGGGCGACGCUUCAGGAGUUGCACAGUUGUGUGUCUGUGGCCAUAAGAUUUCGAUGCAUCGCUCUGACCUGGCCAUGCGCACCAUGACGGCCUUCCUGGAGGAUGUGGCUCCAGCACAUUGGGUGGAUGGCGCUGAAGGGCUGGUGCAGGUUGCAGACCCCGCUGUCCUGUCAAGACUGCAGGAGUUGCUGGAUCGCACACACAAGAGCUCUGACAACUGGACUCGGGAUCGCGGCUGCUCCCUGCACGGCGUCAACGGCUGCUCCGCGUCGUGCGCCUCCAAGAACCGGGUGCCGGUCCCACGGAAGUACCGCCUCCACGCAGCUUUCCGGAACCAGAACCAGGUGAUUCUUUGGCCCAUGUCGCCGCAGGACCUUUGGCAGAAGUACUCCCUCGUGAAGACCGCCAUCACAGAGGAGUGCCAUGGGCCCAGUAAGGGCAAGACGGUGAUGCUUCCCGUGGAGGCUUCCAGCAUCGAGGCACUCGAGGGAGAGGCCUUGGACGCCAGCAUCAACGAGUGGUACCUUUUUCACGGCUCGAGGCCUGAAGCGUUGUCCAAGAUCUUGAGCUCCAACUUCCGUCUGACCUUGGCUGGCUCCGGAGCCACCUGGAAGGAUCCGGGGAAAGCCUGUGGGGUGCCGCUCUAUGGCUAUGGCCUCUACUUCGCGGAGCGGAUCACCAAGGCCGAUGAGUAUGCGCACCCGAUCCAAGAGGGUGAUCCUCUCCCUGUGGAUCCAGGACAUGAGUCCACCUUCUACGCGGUCCUGGUGUGUCGUGUGCUGGGUGGCCGAAGCAACUUAGUCACCACCAAUGAGAUCGAGCGGGAGAAGCUCAGGAAGGAUGUCUUUGAUGGGCCUUUCCAUUCAGUCUUUGGUGACCGGGUCAGUAGCCUUGGCAAGCCGUACAAGGAGGUCGUUGUGUACGACAAGGACCAAACCUUUCCGGAAUACUUGCUGAUCUAUUCUCGCCAGUACUGAGCCGUGAAGUCCUUGGUUUCACUUCCCAGUUCGUCCCAAGACCGGCAAGUUGUAGCGGGUUUUUCCGUGGAGACCGAGCUGACCGAGAGUGGAAGUUGGAGCAGCCCAGUUCGUCCCCAGGACUUGUGUGGAUUGAAAGAUUGGCUGUACGGACUGGUGCAUCCAGGAUGGAGUUCCAUCGUACGGACUUGGUGGACCGAGGGGCACAUAUGUUUCCCA